AUGCCACGGCGUUCGUCUUUUGAGACUCCAAAAAUUGGUUCCUCUGAUAUUACACGCAUUCGCAUGGACAGGAGGAUAUUUCUCUCAACUCUUUGCACCAUAUUCCAGCUCACUCUGCUUAACUGCAACAUAUAUUAUCAAGAUCCUUUAUCCGAUCAACGUUUACGGAGACUUGUUUAUUCAUCGGCGUCGCCGUCGAGGAUGCUCACUGGGCAAAUGAUGGCUCCCUACUUCGCCAAACCACUCUAUCUCUCAGGCAACUGCCUCUGGAGCCAAUGCAAGUGGCGGGGUGAUUCUGGGACUCUAUUCCACUCCAACCUUACUUUCUACGAGGAAAUCCGCAUCUCACUAGAGUCGAGUAUUUGCUCAGAUGACAUCUCUCCGGAAGGACCCUCGCACUGGUUCAAUACCGCCUACGAGAAAUACUACGUGAGGGACUAUGGUUGA